AAUCACGCUUGCCACGUAACCUUUUCUUAUCGAUAAACAAACGGCUAUCAUUUUGCCACGUGUCACUAUUGAUGUAUUAUUACACCCUCGAUCCAACGGACCGCGGUACUCGUUUCCUCAGCUCUCAAUCCUUCCCCCCCAACAUUCCCGGAGCUCCGGCAAUCUCUUCUCCAGCCGGAGAUCUACUUCCUCGAUUUUGGCGCCAAAUAAUUCGAAUAUUGUAACGGCUAUGGCGGAUUCCGAUAACGAAUCAGGUGGCCACAACGCUGGCGGCGAUUUAUCGGCGAGGGAGCAAGACAGGUUUCUGCCGAUUGCUAACGUGAGCCGAAUCAUGAAGAAGGCGUUACCGGCGAACGCGAAGAUCUCGAAGGAUGCGAAGGAGACGGUGCAGGAGUGUGUGUCGGAGUUCAUCAGUUUCAUAACCGGUGAGGCGUCGGAUAAGUGCCAGAGAGAGAAGAGGAAGACGAUAAACGGCGACGAUCUGCUGUGGGCGAUGACGACGUUAGGGUUUGAAGAAUACGUUGAGCCUCUGAAGGUGUAUUUAGCAAAGUAUAGGGAAAUGGAAGGAGAGAAGACCACCAUGGGAAGGCCAGGGGAGAAGGAGGGAGGUGGAGAUGCAACGGCAGGCGGCGGCGGUGGCUAUAACGGGAUGUACGGAGGGUAUCAACAAAUGUACAAUUCGGGUCAGUAUCAUCAAACGGGUAUGGGUGUGGGUAGUCCGACGGGCAGCUUGGGAAGAUCGGGCAGCUUUGGUAGGGGCGGUGGCGCUCCAUCUUUGAAGCCAGGUAGGUGAGGUGGCCAAGUGGGUUGGUUAUGAGGAGUCAAAUUAAAGAGAAAAGAGAAAAAAAAAGUCUACUUUUUUAU